AUGUCUCACCGUAUAGCACCAUCAAAGGAACGCUCUUCGUCGUUUAUUUCGAUUCUAGACGAUGAAACGAGAGACACAUUGAAGUCUGAUGCGGCGAUGAAUAGUGAAACUGAUGUAAAAAAGAGCGAGAACUUUGAGGGGAAAAGCUCUCGAUAUAUCCCACCAUGGACAACUCCAUACAUCAUUGGUAUAGGUGGUACUUCUGGUUCAGGUAAGACAAGCGUUGCUGCCAAGAUCGUAUCGUCAAUCAAUGUUCCCUGGACAGUAUUAAUCUCCUUGGAUAACUUCUACAAGCCGUUGAAUGCAGAAGAUAGGGCUCGUGCUUUCAGGAACGAAUACGAUUUCGACGAACCAGACGCCAUUGAUUUAGAUCUGGCAUAUAAGUGCAUUUUGAAUUUGAAAGAGGGUAAAAGAACAAAUAUUCCAGUUUAUAGUUUUGUGCACCAUAACAGGGUUCCCGAUAAGAACAUUGUUAUAUAUGGGGCUAGUGUGGUGGUCAUCGAAGGGAUUUAUGCAUUACACGACCCUCGAUUGCUAGAUUUAAUGGACUUGAAAAUUUACGUGGAUGCUGAUUUAGAUGUCUGCUUGGCAAGAAGAUUAUCUAGAGAUAUUGUGUCUAGAGGGAGAGAUCUGGAUGGCUGUAUCCAACAGUGGGAAAAAUUUGUGAAGCCUGAUGCAGAGAAAUUUGUGAAACCAACGAUGAAAAAUGCAAAUGCCAUCAUCCCAUCCAUGAGUGACAAUGGUACUGCCGUAGGUUUAAUGAUCAAUCACAUAAAAUCCAAACUAGAGCUGAAAUCGGACGAACAUUUGAGAGAAUUGAUCAGAUUAGGCUCUUCCCAUUCACAAUACCUUAUCAAUCGCGACAUGAUUCACGAAUUGCCGCGCACUAAUCAAGUCAUUUCAUUGCAUACUAUGCUUCUUAACAAAAAUCUAAACUGCGCAGACUUUGUUUUUUAUUUCGACAGAUUAGCUACAUUAUUGCUCUCAUGGGCACUUGAUGAUAUUCCGGUAACUCAUACAAACAUCAUAACGCCUGGUGAACAUUCCAUGGAGAAUGUUAUUUCGUGUCAGUUUGAUCAAGUCACUGCCGUGAACAUUAUACGAUCUGGUGAUUGUUUUAUGAAGCCUUUAAGGAAAACAAUCCCCAAUAUCACCAUUGGUAAACUGUUGAUUCAGUCGGAUUCACAGACUGGGGAGCCACAACUGCAUUGCGAAUUUUUACCCCCAAGCAUAGAAAAGUUCGGGAAGGUUUUCCUCAUGGAGGGUCAAAUCAUCAGUGGUGCUGCCAUGAUCAUGGCCAUCCAGGUACUUUUAGACCACGGUAUUGAUUUGGAAAAGAUUAGCGUAGUGGUUUACUUAGCGACCGAAGUUGGUAUUAGACGUAUAUUGAACGCAUUUGAUAAUAAAGUCAACAUUUUUGCUGGGAUGAUUGUCACUAGGGAAAAACUGCAAACUCAUCAAUACAAGUGGGCAUUAACCAGAUUUCUUGAUUCCAAGUAUUUCGGUUGUGAUUGA